AUGGACAGCAGCACGGAGAGCGCGUGCCGCAUCGCGGCCGCGGUGCUCAACAUUUGCAUCUCGGUGGCGGCCAUGUUUUUGAACGUGCUGAACCUCGUAGUGUUUAUUCAGAACCACAAAUACUACCGUAACUACCCGAUCUACGUGAUUGCGGGCCCGUUGACGAUCUGCCAGAUCAUCAACUGCACCAUUCAGCUGUACAUUGCCGUACCGAUUACGAUAGCUAAUCGAGAGGUGUUCGCCGAGCCCGACGUGUUCACGACGGUAGCCCGAGUGCUCUAUUGGUGCGAAUUUAUCGCCUACAAGGGCACGCUGGUAUUCGUGAUUCUGAUGAGCCUCAACCGGGCGGCCAUCUUUUUCGUGCCGCGCGCGGAGCGCGUGCUGUUUCAUGGACGCGGGCUGAGGACAAUGCUCCUCGCUAGCUCGUGCUACAUUCUCGUAGAGUCCGUUUUGCUGCAAACGUUCGGGUGCGCGAAGCGGUUUUCAUCUGAUGCCUUCUACUUCUAUUGGGAUUGCGCAGACGGCACGUUUUCGGCUACGGUACUUCAGAUUAACAUGGCGGAGUCGUACGCGCACCCGGCGUUCGUCCUGUUCAUCAACAUGUGUACCGUCUUUUUCCUGUUUACCAAACGGAACCGGCGGAGCAGCAUCAGGAAGAACAAGAGCGAGCUGAGGAUGCUGAUGCAGAUGCGCGCCGACAUGUUCGCCACCCUACAGUGCCGACAAAUCGAUGAGAAGCAAUCGGUGUUCAACGUGAGCGUGGUCGCCUACUCGCGCGAGUGGAAGAAGCGGACGAGUGCU